GCACUGCCGGCACUCUGUAGCCGAGAAGUGAGGUGGAACGUACAAUUCCCCGUCUCUUCGCCACGCGUUCGCGGAAUCAGCUCGAGAGAUCAAGAUUGACUGAAAUACUCGAUAUCCGUAUCUCGUAAUUGUCAUGGCGCUAAUAGAGAUGGACUCGACUGUAGAUGAAGAUAUACCGUAACGAUUGCAACGUAUGAAGGGACUAACAGGAGGAUUAGGACCCGGUGUGACGUGACAGUGAAACGAGGAACUGGUUUCACAUUAUGUGCAAAACGGAUUGAAUAGUGCAGUGACCGAUCUCUCAAUUCUAUUCUCUCGUUCUUUCCAUAGUGUAUAUUGUUAAGACCGAUCUUUUGUGAGACGAGAGUCUCAACCACGGCAGCAAAAUUGAGCUGGAGUUGCACCAACGAGCCGCCGGCCACCACUUUAUGAGAGCCGGCGGCAAUAUGUGCGACGGGCCCUUUACAGAAACCUUACGAGCAAGUAUGCAAGGGAUGACAGGCACUUCACCAUCGAGUGCUACUGCCGUCGGUCAUAUGGGAGUCAGUCUCGGUAGCCCGCUAGGCUCAGCUGGGAAGAAGGUUCAGGUGGAACACAUAAAACGACCCAUGAAUGCUUUCAUGGUUUGGUCACGUUUACAACGACGGAAGAUAGCACAAGAAAAUCCCAAAAUGCAUAACAGUGAAAUCUCCAAAAGGCUAGGUGCAGAAUGGAAACUCCUCACAGAGGACGAGAAACGCCCAUUCAUUGAUCAGGCCAAGAGGUUACGUGCUCAACACAUGAAGGAGCAUCCAGAUUACAAGUAUAGACCACGAAGAAAACCGAAAACGCUGCGGAAAGAGGGGUACCCUUACAGUAUUCCGUAUCCGAAAUCCGACACGACAAACCUGUCAAAAGGAUCGACGGAUCGAUCGUAUUUUAUUUUUAAAUAUGGGCUUUACUGUAUUGCAGGGAUGGCUGGUGGUAUGGGACAAGCCGGAAUGGGCUCUUAUUAUAACCCUGCAGCAGCUUACGGCCCGCUCUCGGCGGCUAGCAUGGCUGCAGCAGCGGCAGCGGCUGCACAACAAUCGGCCGCCAUGUCUGGUCUCACGGCACCUGCUCAGGUAGUGGGCUCGAUGGACGCCAUGAAGUACUCAAUGGAGGCUGAUAAAUACCGCGCUGCUUAUAUGCCGCCAAGCACUCUAGCGAUGAGCAUGUAUCCGGAUCCUAAGUACCUGGACUCGUCCAAUCCUAAGGCCUACUUGGACCGCAGCUAUUUGGAUUCUGCGAAAGCGUAUUUCGAGCAAUCAAAGAUCUAUAUGGAAAAACCAACUAUUACAGAAUACAAUCGGCCCAGCUACGAGCCUAACAAGCUGUACGAAGAAUCCAGUCCGGCUAGCGUCAUCGGCGGAAGUGGACCCGCAAGGUCACCACCCGCGGAGUCACCGGACACAAGCAAACAGCAUGAGAGAACAGAGCAAGGUUCAUCUAGUGCAAGUUCAACAUCAACGUCAUCGGCUGCAAGUCCCGGGGCAACUCUGCCAGCAUAUUACCCUGGGUCCGUUCAAGCUGGAGGCCUGUUGGGUCCACAAAUGGGUCAAUACGGCGGAUAUCAAAUGGCACCAGCACCGGGAAAUGAAUCUUUCCGGAGGCCGUUAGUCAUCUUAUGACCCGAUAGAGCGUAGCUCUGAUCCAUUUUGGAGGAGCAAUUGCUGUGAUGCCUAUCGCGCGGGUUUGAGGGAAGGAAACAGCAAUAUCCGACAAGAAUACCUGUACUCUUCAGGUAUUAUCAGUCACGAUUUCAACGAGGGUGGGAUGCGAUUCUGAUGCAUCUCGAAAAGGAUAAUUGCUGUAUGUCUCUUUAGAUCGUGAUGACCGCUGAUCGACGAGACAGGAGUUGAAAUGUUACGUAUGAUGAAGUUAUUGAGGAAAAAAGUUUAUCUCUUUAAAUUCUUUAAACAAUUAACAAAUAAAAUAAAUUCCUGGAUUCUGCCAAAUUUUCCAACAAUGACCAUUUCCUCAUGAUUACGAUCACGAAUUUAACAAAAGUCAUCAAUCAUGGAAUCUUCUUGGAAUAUUCUUAACUCUUUUAUAUAGAAGAGUUCUAGCCUCCUUGAAGAGUUCUAAGGCGAAUUGAGAAUGACGAUAUGAUUUAACAAAACAGAAUUUGAAGAAGUAAGGAAGAAACAAAGGAAGAAAGAAGAAGAAAGUAAGAAAGAAGGAGAAAUCAUUGACAUUUGAAAUGGAGAUAAUCUUCGAGUACGAUCUAUUAAAAGAAUUAUUAUAGAAGAUAUUCUUAAUCCAACAUCAUCACCAUUCAAGACGAUUCAUCUGGAAGAAUUUUAUCAACUAGAAAAGGUUAAACAUUUUCUUCUGGCAGUGGGACAUAAUCGACAGUGUCGCUCUAGUAGCAGAAUUAAACUUGGCCAACCUGGACGUGGAGAAACUACUACUUCGAGAAACGGGAAACUAUUAAUGUAACGAUGAAUAAUGUCGUUACAAAUGACAACGAAGACCGAAAGGAUUUCCGCUGUGUCGUCGGCUGACUAAUCUUGACCGAGACGUAUGGAGAAUAAUUGUAUAUAGUCCCGUGUAAAUAGUGUAGCAAAAC